AAUUCCAAUCUCUAUCUCAACCUCCUAUUUUCGAAGCAACCGCGCGUUUGGAUUCAUCUUUCGUACCAGCAACGUCAGAACAGCAGCAGCACUACCUAUCGCUCUCCAUGACAACAUUACAUGCCUGAUAAGGUCACCCAUCAAUUUUUAGCCUCCACGCUCUGACGGUCGGGACGACACCACAGCACAGCACAGGACGCACCAUAGCCAAGGCCAAGUCCAACUCAUAUUCGCAGGCCCGCUCGUCCCCAAAGGUUAAUAAAGGUUGCGAGGCGCCUGACGGCACGGAUGCACAGCCGUCAAUUAACUCUUGGACGGGAGAUCUGACGAGAUGCCAUCAUUCGUAAACGACGAAAACUCGCCCGUUUACGCACACAACGGCAGCGUCGUCCAUCUCAGUAGUCCGCGACAUUUCUACGGCGGUCCAGUCAAGGACAACGUCGCGGGUCUUCCACGGAAGACCUUCAUUGACGAACACCCUCACCACAUUGACGCGAAUGAGCUGACAGAGAGUCUCGACGAAUACGACAAUUCAUCCUCGCAUUCCUCCGACACUUCAGACCCGAGAGCUCGACUGAAUGGGGAUAACGCAUCUUUGAACGCAAAUAGCAUGACCCCACUGCCCAACGGAGCGCGCCCAAGCAAAGGAUCCAACUUUUCCCACAACAAUGGCAACGGCUUCAGCCCGGAGAACAUGCAGAAUGGUCACACUGGUUCGAAUGGGAGGUUGUCUCAACCUCACAUACCAAUGGUAAAUGGAGUUGCGUCGCCGCAUCCACCCUCUUCGAUCAGUCAAUACCAGCCCCAACACCAGAACCAGCCGGAAACCCAGUCCAAGAGGAUUUCGGCCGACUCUGCGGCGCGAACAUCUCUACAACAGACCCCUGUUGACGGCUCGCUACCCAGACCCUUUCAGAACAGCGACAGGACCCCCAGGGCUUCAAAUGACACCAUGGGACCUACCGCCUCGCGCAAUUCUGCAGCCUCUGCCCCCCCCGAACCGCAACGCAAAUCCCCGUCGCCUCAAAGAUUCUCCCCACCGCCGCAUCCCUCGGCCUCGACCUCAGCCUUGCAACCACCAACCGGCGGACUCAAACAACGACACACACUAGAAGUACCGAAACCACAGUCCGGCCGAGGAUCCAGAGACGGUACCGAUGCUGCCUAUGCGAGUGGCCGUUUCUCUCCGACAGCGGGACCAAGCGGCCGCAGGGCAUCCUUGAGCCUGGCUCGACGUAACACGCGGUCUCUCCAUUCGGAUAUGCCCCGUGACGAGAUCGUGCCCGAUGAUGACGCUCUGCGGUGGGCAGAAGCUUACCGCCAGAAACGUGCCAAGAAGAAGAGGAGGGAAGACUUUGAGGCCGACGACAAGGUUCUUGUGGGUACAAAGGUGGACGAGAACCACGCCAACUGGACUACGGCAUACAACAUGUUGACCGGCAUCCGCGUCUCCGUGUCCCGGACCAACGCGAAGAUCGAUCGUCCCCUGACCGAUGCAGAUUUCGAGGCUAAGCAGAAGUCGACUUUUGAUAUCGCUGGGAACGAGCUGGUACCGUCGGCUAAAUAUGACUUCAAGUUCAAGGACUAUGCGCCCUGGGUCUUUCGACAUCUCCGUGCUCUCUUUAGGUUGGACCCCGCCGAUUACUUGAUGUCCUUGACUGGCAAGUAUAUUCUGUCCGAACUUGGGUCUCCGGGGAAGAGCGGUAGCUUCUUCUACUUUUCCAGAGACUACAAGUACAUCAUCAAGACGAUCCACCACGCCGAGCACAAGUUCUUGCGCAAGAUCUUGAAAGAAUAUUACAACCACGUUACUGACAACCCGAACACCCUCCUCUCCCAGUUCUACGGCCUGCAUCGGGUGAAGAUGCCUUAUGGGAAGAAGAUACAUUUUGUCGUCAUGAACAACCUCUUCCCGCCCCACCGAGACAUUCACCAGACUUUCGAUCUGAAAGGCUCUACGGUGGGAAGAGAUUAUUCAGAGGAGGAUCUCGAAAAGAACCCCAGAGCGACGUUGAAGGAUCUGAACUGGCUGCGUAGGAAGCGGCAUUUAGAGUUGGGCAUUCAGAAGAAAAAGGCCUUCAUGGAACAACUGCAGCGGGAUGUCAAACUCAUGCAAAAGCUCAAGAUCAUGGACUAUUCCCUUCUUGUUGGUAUACACGACGUGCAGAAGGGCAACGAGGAAAACCUGCGGGACAAGACGCUUCAAGUGUUUAAUCCCGGCGGCGACGGUCCAGAUGGUGAGGAUUUUGACCCUCACUCAGUGCUCAUGCGGACACCGUCCAAGCUCGAAAGUGCACGUAAGGCAAGAGAACUGAGGCAGAUGAUCAAAUCCGAGCGGCCCAUCCCUAUGGCUCAAACAAGCAGCCGGAUGCCCGAGGUCCUGGAGGAAGGUCAUGUGCGGGGCGGAUUGUUCUGGAAUGAGGAUGGUGGUUUGCGAGCCACGCAUGAAGAUAACACGCCCGGCCAAGAACUUUACUAUCUCGGUGUCAUCGACUGUUUGACACACUACGGCGUUAUCAAGAAAUUAGAACAUUUCUGGAAAGGUCUCUCGAGUGAUAAAACCCAGAUAUCUGCCUUGCCCCCACAGGAAUACGGGGAUCGCUUCCUAGAGUUCAUGGCCGGUGUCACCAUGUCUGCCGAGGAGGCAGCUCGUGAUGAGCAAGACCGUCAAGCUGCUGCUGCGGCCGUGGCCGCUGAGGAAGCAGCCAACGAAGCGCAAGAUCAAGAGCCCGUGACCUCGGCGCCGCCUGCGCCUACGUACCUCCCUCCAGCCCCUCCAGACAUGCGAAGCGCUGGAUCACCUGAGCCGAACCCUACAGUCGAAAAGGCAACCAGGAAGGCUUUGAAGCGGGAAAAGGACGUUGCUAAGGAAGACGAAGUGCCAGAACGGAAGAUUAGCACCACGGCCUCCGCAGCAGUGAACGCACCGGGCAAGGGUAGCACCCACACAGUGCUACCGGUCGUGGAGGAAGCGGUCGAGGCGGCGUCAGAAGGUGGAAGAAGUUGGCGUGAUAAUGGUAGCGGUGGCCGGCCGUUCACACCCAGUUUACUAGAAACACACGGAACGACCACUAGGUCAGACGGAUUUACUGAUCUUGGACCGCAUGGCAUUGGGGGAAGGGGCCCUCCAACGCCGCCUAAGAGCAGCUAUUUGGGGUCCAUGCCUGGGUUUGAAGGAAAUCGGAGAAGAAGCGACAGCGGCAGUAACGCCAGCAUUGGUCAAGGCGUAAACAGCAGGAUAUCGAGAGAGAGCCUGGACAAAGCCCUACCUCCCUUGCCUCUCUCGAAUCGCUAGAGGACGGGCCGAGACAUUGAAGGACAAAUCACUCAAGGGCGCUAUAUUGAUUUCGCGGGAAGUUCUUGGUUGGAGAUUGCACGUGUAUCGUCAUGGAACCACGCCAUCAGGGAGACAUAAAAAUGGGACCACCGAAUGCCACAUUCACCGAAGACACGAAA